CGUCAUGGUUGACUUCUGCUAGGAUGAUGCGAGGAGCUCAAUGCAUCGCCUCUCAGUAUCAUAUCGCUCUAUUGCUACUCGUAAUGGAGCGCUGUUGCCAAUAACCUCAGUCACACCGCUUUCAAUAUGCUCAACCUGCUGACUGCCAUCCACACCAACAAAAAAUCUCACGAAACGACGCGUCGCUCCAUCAUCUCUUAAAAGCUAAUCCUUGCUACGUCCGAUGGAGAAGACUCGCGUGAAUCGCCAGGCAACGACACGAGUUUCAGCUCGUCCAGGCUCGGCGCAUUCCCUCGUAGGUAGCGGAUCUCGUGUGCGUCUUCCUACCGCUCCAAAAGAUGCGAAUCCUCCGAAUCCAGACCUCGCGGACGGAGAUAAAGUCCCCGCCUCAUCAACAUUCGACGUAUUGGAGCUGUUGGGCCCCUCACUUUCUGAAGUUCUGACAUUCGUGAACCCGCCGCAGCCUCGACGACUGCAGGAGGCGCAGCAGGAGGCUGGAGAAGCUACGAACGGAGGCGAACCGACGGCUCAAGACCAUCAUUCGCACCACGGCAGCAGCAGCUCUCUACGCGACGUCAAGACGUCUGCAAAGUUCGAUCUGCGGCUUUCAAGGUCCGCCAUUAUUGGCAAAUUGGUAGAUUCGACUAUCGACAAUGCGCGUAAGACGCAGGAAUACUUCGCGAAGCUGCUAAACAAGAUCCAGUGCGAGGUCACAGGUCUGGUGCUACUGCACGACGCGACUAUCGUUAUCUUCCUUGAAACAACAGCCGAGCAGUUCGUAAUUAUCCUCAAACAACUCCAACAACAACGUAUCAUUGACGCUAGCUCCAUGAAGAUCUUAGCCAACUGCGACAACAACGGAGUGCGGAUCUUGCAAGGUCUGUACUUCAAGAAGAUCGUACUCAAUCGCAGCGACACAAGCGAGUGGACGGACGAUACAGCGUCGCAAUGCAUCGUCGAGACUUUCCUCAACUUGAUCAAGUUCAUCAAGAAGAUCGGGCCGAUGCCGCCCGGAGAGAUCCGCAGAUGCCUGAACAAUCUCUCGAAUACUGACCAGACUUUCCUUCCGUCCAACGAUCUACUGCUGUGGCUACUUAGUCGAGAUGAACUCAUGACACUUGACGAGUAUCUAGACUUCUUCGACAGCCCUGUAGCUGUCGAGCUCGAGUCCGAGCGCGUGUGGCCCGUGCACCCCCUUAUUCAGUACUAAAGCGACGGAUUCGUGCAAUAUAUUUUUUUU